AUGGCGCGUGAAGCUGCAUUUACAGCAUCAUCUUCGUCAACCGCCUAUUCCUCUCCGCCGCAAACCAUGUCGUCCACAGUCGACACCGCAUCAGAGCAGACACCGCUUCUGUCAUCUCCCGCAACGCACGAUGAUGAAACCGUCCCGACCACUGAGACCACGGACACCGCCGAGGUCGACUUGCUGGCGAGGAACAAGCAUAUAUGGAGGCUAUGUUUUACAGUUUUUACUCUCGUACAAGCCGCAAAUGUCGUACUGCAAGCGCCCUUGAUCCAGCUCAAGGAGGAUUCGGUCUGUAUGGCGGAAUAUGGUUCCUCUAGAUCGUUGGGGGAGGACUGCAAGGUCCAAGCCGUUCAGGACGAAGUGACGACCCUAACUUCAUGGCAACAACUGUUCGACACUGCGCCUGGCAUUUUGUUUGGCGUUUUUUACGGUAUGGCGGCCGAUCGAUACGGUCGCCGCCCGGUGCUUGCGCUCGCACUGGCAGGGAUAGUACUUUCCGCCAUCUGGACGCAAAUAGUUUUAUUCUGGCCUGCGGUAUUUCCCGCGAGAUUGACGUGGUUAUCAAUAGUCUUCCAGCUUGUCGGUGGUGGCAAUCUGGUCGUAAAUGCAAUGAUAUUUGCCAUUGUAUCCGACGUGACACCGGAAGAGAAAAGAUCCUCGAAAUUCUUCCGCCUUUAUGGAGUUGCUCUCCUCUCGGAUAUGAUCCUGUCGCCAGCCAGUGAUGCGUUGACGAACAUCCAGCCGUGGUGGCCAGCCCGCUUUGGCUUGAUUGCUUUCAUUAUGGCUCUGCUCGCGACUUGGCUAGUCCUUCCGGAGACAUUGUCAAUGACUGAAGUCGUUCAGAGUAUCCGGCUCGAAGAAAACGAGCCAGAAGAAGAAGACGACCCCGUGGUUUACACCGACGUACAAAAGAGUACAAUCUGGCGCCGUGUCAGGAAGAUUAUGUCCAGCCUUCAAGAUCUUAGGUACUUGAUAGCUUCGCGCCAGCUUUUACUCCUAGUCCCGCUUUUAUCAGUCGGCCAAUUAUAUGACCAGUCCGCGGAGUUCUUUAAGAAUUACAUAUCUAAGCGUUAUGGGUGGCGGAUGUCCCAGGCGAGCUUCUGGCUUACGUACCGGAAUGUGGUCAAUCUCAUCUUGUUGAGUACAAUUCUUCCGGGAAUAAGCGAAAUACUUCUCCGUCGUAACUUUGAUGCUGGCCGAAAAGACCAGUGGAUCUCCCGAGCGAGCAUUGUAUGUUUGGCUGUUGGCGCUUUUAUUGUCGGGCUGGCCCCAAUCUUAUCCAUCAUGGUCACCGGACUGACCAUCUUUGCUUUGGGCCACGGCUUCGUCCCCGCCGUGCUCAGUCUAGCAACACCCUUUAUCGAGCCGGGUCAUAUCGGAAUGUUGUACACAGCGAUGACCAUUGGCGAAGCAAUUGGUAAGCUGGCUAACGAGCCAGUCCUCGUGGGUGCAUUUGAACUCGGAAUGAAAGUUGGCGGUCUUUUGCUAGGCUUACCCUUUGUGGCCACCGGUAUCAUGCUGACGAUUGCCGGAGUCAGCGUAUUUGGGAUAAGGCAGCCUUUACCGGCAACCCAUCUGGAUUAA